AGAAGAGGAGGACUCCUCCACUUUCAGCAGGUUGAAGGCGUGCUCCAACCCACAGGUGGGCGGGCCACGGGGACGGGACUUCGGCUUGCAACUUUCGAAGUAGGCGGGGCCAAGCCCCAGGCUCUGACGUCCCUCAGGAUCUCAGGAGCGGUGGUCGAAGGAAGAACAAGGGCGGCAGGGUCAGGUCUGAACCUCCGCAGCUCCGGUGGUCGUAGCAGAGGCUGUCCCGGCCCGGGACCCGUCCCUGGGCUGCCCCGAGAAGAUGCGCGCCUGGGGCCCGGCGUGGUUGCUGGGGUGCGCAGCCCUGCUAGCCGCUGCACUCGACUCUUCCUCCUCCUCCUCCUCUGGCCACUUGUCUCCAGGAGGCAACAAAACCAAGGGGAGAAGUCUUAUUGGUCAUAAGAUCCCCUCAGCAAAUACCUCAUCCAAGGGGAAUGGAGAAGUUUCAAAGGAGUCAGGAUUCUUUGUGGAUCCAUUUUCUGCUGAAAUUCUCACUGGAGGACUGACUACAGUCUUCCUCCCAACUGUCUACAUAAUUGUAUUUAUUAUUGGCUUGCCAAGCAAUGGCAUGGCUCUGUGGGUCUUCCUUUUCCGAACACAAAAGAAACACCCUGCUGUGAUUUACAUGGCUAACUUAGCCUUAGCAGAUCUCUUAUCCGUCAUCUGGUUUCCCUUGAAGAUCGCCUAUCAUAUAAAUGGCAACAACUGGACUUAUGGGGAAGGUUUGUGCAAGGUGUUGAUUGGUUUUUUCUACGGCAACAUGUACUGUUCCAUUCUCUUCAUGACUUGCCUCAGUGUACAGAGGUACUGGGUUAUUGUGAAUCCCAUUGUGCACUCUAGGAAGCUGUCUAACAUUGCCAUAGGGGUUUCCAUUGGAAUAUGGCUGCUGAUUCUACUGGUAACCAUUCCCCUGUAUGUUGUGAAGCAAACUGUCUAUAUUCCGGCCCUUAACAUCACAACGUGCCAUGAUGUUUUGCCUGCAAACGUGCUGGCGGGAGAUAUGUUCAAUUAUUUCCUCUCUCUGGCCAUCGGUGUCUUCCUGUUCCCAGCUUGUCUCACAGCCUCUGCCUAUGUCCUCAUGAUCCGGACACUCCAUUCUUCUGCUAUGGAUGAUUCUGGAAGGAAGAGGAGGAGAGCCAUCAAACUCAUUAUCACUGUACUGGCCAUGUACCUGAUCUGUUUCACACCCAGUAACAUUUUGCUCGUGGUGCAUUAUUUCCUGAUUAGAACCAGAAGCCAGAGCCAUGUCUAUGCUCUGUACAUGGUAGCGCUCUGCCUCUCAACCCUUAACAGCUGUAUUGAUCCCUUUGUCUAUUACUUUGUUUCUCAAGAUUUUAGGGAUCAUGCGAAGAAUGCCCUUCUUUGUCGAAGUGUUCGGACUGUGAAGAGAAUGCAAGUGUCCCUCACUUCCAAGAAAUUAUCUCGGAAAUCCAGCUCUUACUCAUCUAGUUCCACCAGUGUUAAGGCCUCUUACUGAUAUGCUUUUCAUAUCAUCAGAUAGAAUAUCAUUGUAGGACUUAGAGCCUAUUACACAUUUCACAAAGCAUUUUCCCAUCACAUUCUGCAUUCUUAAUCAGUGGAGAUUGUACUGUGGCUCAGAUGGAGCCCCAUACCCAGUGUUUCUAAGUGUUCCUAUAUACAGCAAGUACUUUCAGUUCAAAUGGACAUUUCAUGGUAUGGGAUAAACAACUGAAGGGGGCAGCUAGGGGGCGCAGUGGAUAAAGUACCGACCCUGGAUUCAGAUGGACCUGAGUUCAAAUCUGGCCUCAAAUACUUGAGACUUACUAGCUGGGUGAUCCUGGACAAG